CGGGGUACGGGGCGGUCCCGGAGCGGUCGCUUCCCUUGGGAAGUUCCCUCGCAGCGCCGCCUUGGAGUUUUCCUUCUCUCCCGUCUCUCACGUCCCGGGGGGUUGUGCUGAGCCGGGAAUGGAGGUGGUGUUAGCACAGGCUUCCCAGUUCGAGGGAAUUCAGGUUGUCUAAAUAAGGCAAAAUCUGUUGCUUGAUAUGAAGAAAAACAGAGGUCGGACAGGCCGGAAGAGAAGAAGGAAACACUCGCAGAGUUUUGUGGAUGGAGUGAACUGCAGUCACAAGCUGGAGUACAUUAAACUUAAGAAGUGGCUAAAAGACAGAGGAUUUGAAGACAGUAUUUUAAGGCCAGCAGAGUUCAGGGAGACAGGAAGAGGACUGAUGGCAACAAAAGCUCUUCAGGCAGGGGAUCUCAUUAUUUCACUGCCUGAGAAGUGUUUACUCACCACAAGCACUGUCCUUAGGAGCUGCCUGGGAGGAUACAUUAAGAACUGGAAGCCUCCUGUAUCCCCUUUGAUGGCACUGUGCACGUUUUUAAUAGCAGAGAAACAUGCUGGGCAGAAAUCCCCCUGGAAGCCAUACCUGGAUGUUCUACCCAAGACUUACACUUGCCCUGGUUGUUGGGAACAUGAUGUAGUGAACCUCCUUCCAGAACCUUUAAGAAAGAAGGCUCAGGAGCAGAGAACAACCAUCCACGAGCUGUAUUUGUCUUCCAAGGCUUUUUUCUCUUCCCUGCAGCCUUUGUUUGCUGAGGACACAGGAACUAUUUUUACCUACAGUGCUUUGGAGUGGGCUUGGUGCACUAUUAAUACCAGGACAAUAUACAUGAAACAUCCACAGAGGGAAUGGUUUUCUCUGGAGCCAGAUGUUUAUGCCCUGGCACCGUAUUUAGAUCUGCUAAACCACAGUCCAAAUGUUCAGGUGAAGGCUGCCUUUAAUGAGCAGACAAGGAGCUAUGAAAUUUGGGCAAAUUCCCAGUGCAAGAAAUAUGGAGAAGUUUUUAUCUGCUAUGGACCUCAUGAUAAUCAGAGGCUGCUCCUGGAAUAUGGAUUUGUUGCCAUGGAUAACCCUCACAGCAGCGUUUAUGUCUCAUCAGACACUCUCCUCAAAUAUCUUCCACCACUGGACAAGCAGAGAAAGGCAAAACUGUCCAUUCUAAAGGAUCAUGAUUUCCUAGAAAACCUGACCUUUGGCUGGGAUGGACCAUCUUGGAGACUCCUCACAGCCCUCAAGUUGUUAAGCCUUGGAGCAGAUGAAUUAUAUUCCUUUAAGGUUCAGUCUCCAGACCUUUUUCCUGUCGGUUUGAUGCAAUUUUAAAUGAUUUCUUUGAUUCAUGUGUUCCAUGGGUUGCUGUUGAAAUUCUGGGGCUAAUAAAUGACUGAAAUCCAUCUGCAGUGACUGUCAGGGCAGUUUGAUCAUUUAUUCCAAAUGGCAAAUCUGCCUCAGACAGCAGGGAUGGAAAAUGCUUACCUGGGCAUUGCUUGGAACAGUAAAUAAUUAAAACCAGUUCUGUUGUUCCGAGCUGUUUAUGCUUUGAAGCUUCAUUGCUGAGGGGAAUAAGUUGAUGUAAGAACUAAAAAAAAUCCCUGUGGUUACAGGCCCAGGUGAGGGGAAGUUUAGGAGAAGCACAUGUUUUAUCCCUGAGCUGGGAAUUGCAGCAAAUCACUGCGUGGGG